CCCACCCUUUAAAGCCACGGCUCCAUCUUUCUGGCUGGCCGUGUACACAAACCGGAGGACCCAGAGGGCCCUGAGUGUUGAGAGUGGGCACAAGUGGGCUGUGACAGAUAGGGCAACGGAGCCUGGAGCAGCUAGCUACUUACCCAGGGCCCUACAGCUAACCAAGUGGCAGAGCCAGGGUCCGAACUCAGGGGCUGCUUGGAGAUGCUGCUUCCCCUUCUCCUCCUCCUCCUCCUGCUGAUGCUGCUGCCGGCCCUGGCCAUCCUCUGGCAGCGGCAGCCCCGGGAUGCCCGGCUGUCCUGGCGUGCUGGCCUCCAGCACCGUGUGGCAGGGGGGGCCCUAAGCUGGGCAGCUGCGUGGCAGCAGUGGAGACUAGAGCAGAGCACCCAGCGCGCAGGCCGGAGCCAGCAGCAGGCCCUGAGGUGGUGUCUGCAAGGAGCCCAAAGGCCCCACGUUCCCCUCCGGAGGACCACAGAUACAAGCACCUUCCGGAACCAUCUCCCUCUGACCAAGGCCAGCCAGGCCCAGGAGAAAGAAAGUGGGGGGCAGCUCCUGCCCCCUAUGUCAACCCAGUACUACGGGGAGGCCUCCCUGCAGGCCACCUUGCUGGGUCUGGCAGCCCUAAGCAAGGCCUACCCAGAAGUGCUGGCUCCGGGAGGCAUGGCCUGUGUGACCCCUACAUCCCCCUGGCCUCGCCCUCUCCCCUGGCCUUGGCACGCCCUGGGCCAGGGUGUUAGGGACCCUGGAGCCAAGCACCCUGGGGCCCUGCUGCUAGAGGCACUGAGGUCCCCAGAGCUGCGGGCACUGGAAGCUGGGACGGCCACUGAACUCCUGGACGUCUUUUCGGGCCUGGAGGCCGAUGGCGAAGAGCUGGCUGAAGCAAUCGCUGCCGGGAACCCAGGGCCACCUCUCCCCAGGCGGGCGGCGGAGCUGCGGGAAGCCCUAGAGCUGGGGCCCCGAGGACUGGCCCUCCGACUCUGGCCAAAGCUACAGGUGGUGGUGACUCUGGACGCAGGAGGCCAGGCUGAGGCUGUGGCUGCCCUGGGGGCCUUGUGGUGCCAAGGGCUAACCUUCUUCUCACCCGCUUACGCCGCCUCUGGAGGGGUCGUGGGCCUGAACCUAUGGCCGCAGCAGCCCCAUGGGCUCUACCUUCUGCCGCCUGGAGCUCCUUUUAUCGAGCUGCUCCCAGUCAAGGAAGGAGCCCAGGAAGAGGCUGCCUCGACCGUCCUGCUGGCCGAGGCCCAGAAAGGCAAGGAGUACGAGCUGGUGCUGACCAACCGCACUGGCCUCACCAGGUGCUGCCUGGGUGACGUGAUACAGGUGGUCGGUGCCUACAAUCAGUGUCCGGUCGUCAGGUUCGUCUGCAGGCUGGGCCAGGCCCUGAACGUGCGGGGAGAAGACAUUCAAGAGCACGUGUUUUCUGCGGCCCUGGGCCGGGCCGUAGGGCAGUGGCCAGGGGCCAAACUGUUAGACCAUAGCUGUGUGGAGAGCAGCAUUCUGGAUUCCUCCGAGGGCUCUGCUCCCCACUAUGAGGUGUUUGUGGCGCUGAGGGGGCUGAGGAACCUGUCAGAGGAAAAUCGAGACAAGCUUGACCACUGCCUUCAGGAAGUCUCUCCCCGCUACAAGUCCUCGCGGUUCUGGGGCAGCGUGGGCCCAGCCAGGGUUCACCUGGUGGGGCAUGGGGCCUUCAGAGAACUCCGGGCCGCCCUUGCAGCCUGCCCCUCGGCCCCCUUUCCUCCCGAGAUGCCCCGGGUCCUCAGGCACAGGCAUUUGGCCCAGUGUCUGCAGAGGAGGGUGUUGUCCUGAGCUGAGGCCUGCCCACUGGCCCAUCCCCCUUCAUAGGCCACCUCGCUCUUUGCUCUGCGGCCUCUCUGGAUGAGAACCCUUGGCCAAGGUCUUUGACUCUGUUACCUGACAGUGGCUCAUCAGAGCUGCCAGGCCUUAGGGAGGUCCGACCUAGUCAGCCCAUGCUGAGCAGCUGACGUCAGCUGACGUCUCCGGACGCCUGCAGGGGCCUGCCUGGAGCCCCGUGGCCCAGAUGCUCCCGUGUCUCCAGCCCAGUGCACUGCGCAGGCUGCAAGUGUUGGCAGUUAAUGCUCCUGGAAGCCACCCUCUGUCUACAAGAAACAGGAGUUGGAGAAAAAAACCCCAGCGUCAUUGUCCCUCAGUGCAACAAUUCUGAAGUGUAUUCUGCUCCAGUUGCCCACAAUGAUAACCCUCUCAAUAACACAGUUCUUACUGGUUUUCCUUCCUUCCAUCCUUCCCAUCCCCACUCCCUUAUCUGCUUUCUAGGAUCAUCUCCCAAAUAAACCUCUUGCACCAGA